UUCUCAUGAUUUAACAUUUCCAAACUCUCAAAACCCCUAAUUAGACAGGAUGGCCUUCGUUUGGAGCUAUCUUCUCUUCAUAGGCCUCCUGUCCCUCCUCCAACUUCUCCACCCUUUCGCCACCACCGUUGAAAGCAUCCGGGUUGGCAUGGUUAUCCGGAAACCCUCACCGGAACUUCCAACUUUCCGGGAAGCUCCAUCUUUUUUCAAUGGCAAUGCAUGUGGCUCCAAAGAAAGUGAUGUUAUUCAUGUUGCUAUGACCCUGGACGUUAAUUAUCUUAGAGGGACAAUGGCUGCUGUGCUCUCGAUGCUACAACACUCGACAUGCCCAGAAAACCUAUCGUUCCAUUUUCUUUCUGUACAUCAUGAACCUGAACUCUACUCUACCAUUAAUUCAACCUUCCCUUUCUUGAACUUCAAGAUUUACCAGUACGACUCAGGCCGGGUUCAAGGCAAGAUCUCCAAGUCUAUUCGUAAAGCUUUAGAUCAACCGCUAAAUUAUGCAAGAAUCCAUUUAGCUGAUAUAAUACCAAUGGAAGUAAAACGAGUUAUUUACGUGGAUUCAGAUAUUGUCGUGGUGGAUGAUAUUGCAAAACUAUGGGGUGUGGAUAUGGAAGAUAAGGUGGUGGCUGCACCGGAAUAUUGCCAUGCAAAUUUUACUCAAUAUUUUACAGAAGCAUUCUGGUCAGACCCGGAAUUGGCAAGAACAUUUGAAGGGAGAAUCCCUUGUUAUUUUAACACAGGAGUGAUGGUGGUUGAUGUAGAUAAAUGGAGAAAGGGAAAGUAUACGCAAAGAGUUGAGGAGUGGAUGAUUGUGCAGAAACAGAAAAGGAUAUAUCAGUUGGGUUCAUUGCCGCCAUUUUUGCUUGUUUUGGCAGGAAAUAUUAAGGCAGUAGAUCAUAGGUGGAAUCAACAUGGUUUAGGUGGUGAUAAUUUUGAAGGGAAAUGUAGAAGUUUACAUCCUGGUCCAAUUAGCCUUCUCCAUUGGAGUGGCAAAGGUAAACCAUGGUUAAGAUUAGAUUCAAGAAAACCAUGCAUCGUUGAUCAUUUAUGGGCUCCAUAUGAUCUCUACCGUUCAUCAGCAGAGUCAUUAGAAGAAUAAUUAAGCAAAGAAGGAAAGUUGAUGAAGAGAUAGAAAUGUUUUGAGAGAGAGAAGAUAAAAGAAUUGUUUUUUAUCUAAUUGAGGGAAUCGAGUUUGAAUUAAAUUAAA